AUGCAAGUGGAGAGCAUUGGAGGAAAGCGCUAUGUCUUUGUUCUAGUGGAUGAUUACUCGCGAUACACUUGGGUCGCUUCAUUCGUGACAAAUCUGACACCAUGGCGAGUUUCAAGAUUUGGGCUCUUCAAGUUAUCACUGAGAAAGGAAGCCUCAAGCGCAUACGCAGUGAUCAUGGGGGAGAAUUUCAGAAUGAGUGGAGCGAAAGAACAGAACACUUCAAGAGAAUGGCGAGCAAUGAUCCAUGGAGGAAACAUUCCUGUGAAGUUUUGGGCUGAAGCAAUCAACACCGCAUGCUACAUCAUCAACCGUGUUUACAUGAGAAAGGCUUUACUCAAAACUCCUUAUGAGUUGUGGAAAGGAAAGACACCUAACUUAAGUUACUUUCGUGUCUUUGGAUGCAGAAGUCAGCGAAGCAGAAACAAAGCAGAGGAGGUUCGUGAAGAAGAAGAAAAGGUUCAUGAGGAAGUCUCUGACACAGCUCCUGAUGUAGGUCUCCCACUGACACAAGUUCACAGAAACCAUUCCUCGAACGAUCUGAUUGGAGACAUCACUGAGCCACGAAGGACGAGAGGAAUCAAGAUGAACUAUAAGCAGAUGGUCAGCAUGGCAAUUAUUCAAUUUGAAUGCUUUGUCUCUGCCAUAGAGCCACGAAAUCAUUGUGAAGCACUGGAAGAUGCAGAUUGGAUCAUCUCCAUGGAAGAGGAACUAGAGGAGUUCGUGAGAAACGAUGUAUGGGAGUUAGUGCCACUACCUGAUGGUGUGAAUGUGGUCGGUACAAAGUGGAUCUUCAAGAACAAGACAGAUGAUGCUGGAAGCAUUGUACGAAACAAGUCAAGACUUGUUGCGCAAGGUUACUCACAAGUUGAAGGAGUCGACUUUGAUGAAACCUUUGCCCCUGUAGCUCGUCUUGAGUCUAUCAGACUGUUUCUAGGGAUGGCAUGCAUAUUGAACUUCAAGCCAACCGAAGGGUUUGAAGAUCCUACACAUCCUGAGUAUGUGUAUAAGCUCAAGAAAGCUCUCUACGGACUGAAACAGGCUCCAAGAGCUUGGUAUGAGCACCUGACGAAGUUUCUGAUUGACACAGGCUACGUCAGAGGAACUGUGGACAAAACCUUGUUCACACUUGAGAAGAAGAAUGAGAUGAUGAUGGUGCAGAUCUAUGUAGAUGAUAUCAUCUUUGGAGGAACUUCAGAGAAGCUGGUGGAAAACUUUGUGAAGAGUAUGACUAAGGAGUUCAAGAUGAGCAUGGUGGGAGAAUUGAAGUACUUUCUUGGACUUCAAGUAAAUCAGACUGAGAAAGGAAUCUUUAUUUCUCAAAGCACCUAUGCCAAGAAUCUACUGGUGAAGUUUGGUCUUGACAAAUGCAAGGAGGCAAGAACACCAAUGAGCACCACGACAAAGAUUGGAAAGGAUGAACAAGGAGAAGAUGUUGAUGUGAAGCUAUACAGAGGAAUGAUUGGAAGCUUGCUUUACCUUACAGCAAGUCGGCCUGACUUAAGCUUCAGCGUUGGAGUGUGUGCUCGUUAUCAGGCCAAACCAAAACAGUCCCAUCUUCAAGCGGUGAAGAAGAUCUUGAGGUAUGUCAAGGGAACUGUCAAUCUGGGGAUCUUUUACUCCAAAGGAUCCAACAGAAAUCUUGCUGGAUAUUGUGACGCCGAUUGGGCAGGAUGUGCAGAUGAUCGGAAAAGCACAAGUGGAGGUUGUUUCUUCCUUGGGAACAAUCUUAUUGCUUGGCUUAGCAAGAAGCAGAAUUCUGUGUCACUAUCUACUGCAGAGGCUGAGUACAUUGCAUUGGGAAGCUGCUGCACACAGCUUAUAUGGAUGAGACAGAUGUCAGCCGAUUAUGGGAUGGAGUCUGGACCCUUCUUGGUCUACUGUGACAACAAAAGCGCCAUUGACAUAUCAAAGAAUCCGGUGCAGCACUCAAGGACUAAGCACAUUGACAUAAGACACCACUUUGUUCGUGAAUUGGUGGAAGAAAAACAGGUAGUACUUGAACAUGUUGUCACAGAUUUACAGCUCGCUGAUUUAUUCACAAAACCAUUGGACUUUAACCGUUUUGUCACCUUAAGAAAUUCCAUUGGAAUUUGCACAAGUGGUUUUGAAUGA